CAGGUACAGAGAGUGCUGUCCUCAGAUGUCACCUAGAAAGUGAGUAGCCAGUGGACGGGUGGAUCGGCCCGUCGAGCUGCCCAGCGGCGGACAUAUCUGUCCUUCGGAGCGAGAUGUGUCCUCAGUGGACAACAACACCUCUUCUUCUGGAUAAACGUCACAGCAUCCACAGAAAAAGUUGCCGCUUCCCGGACGCAGCGCAAACAAACCUCUCGAUUACGGCAGCACCUGAAGGCAGCACUGGAUCCCGACACGCAGGGGAGCGUUUGAGCGCAGGUCCAACACAUGGCUCAGUGAGUGGGCCGGUGGCACACAUGCCUCUCUGGGCGCUCUGCCUGCUGGUCGCCCUGUCCGGUGUCCUGGAUGCGCGCUCCUGCUCGUCUUUUACCUGUCCGGCCAUCUGCCGCUGCAGCGCGCACACUCUCCAGUGCAGCAGAGAGUCGCAGCUGGCCUCCCGGCCGGACAACGUGUCCGUGUCCACACUAUGGCUCCCUCAUCUGCCCUUGACAGCAGUCCCCACUCAUGCCUUCAAGGAGCUGAUCAACAUCACCCUCAUUGAGAUUUCCAUGAGCGACAGCAUCACACGGAUACAGAGACAAGCCUUCCUCUCCCUCCACAGCCUGGAGCAAAUUUCAGUGCAGAACAUCAACAGUUUGAGGGUCAUUGAAAAAGCGGCCUUCACCGACCUGCCCAGACUGAAAUAUUUGAGGAUCUCUAACACGGGACUGUUGAGCUUCCCAGACUUCACAAAUGUCAAUUCCUUGAUGCCAAAUAUGAUUAUAGAAGUGAUGGACAACGUAAGGAUCGUUUCCAUUCCUGCCAAUUCUUUCCAGGGUAUCACAGAGGAGUAUGUCGACAUGACCCUGGUUGGAAACAGCAUCAAGGAAAUAAAAGCUCAUGCGUUCAAUGGAACCAAGCUCAACAAAUUAGUUUUGAAAGAUAACGGUCAUCUCAGUGACAUUCAUGAAGAUGCCUUUGAAGGAGCCAUAGGUCCGACUUCACUAGCAGUGACAGCCGGUCUGUGUAAACAACCAACAAGGCAGCCAGGACUGCUGAAUACUGAUCAGAGAGCAAACAGUCUGAGGAGCAUGCGACUCGCAAGGGAUGUUUCCUCUACAGCUCUGAGAUCCCUCCCAUCUAAAGGGUUGAAGCAGGUGAGGUUCCUGAAAGCCACCUCCGCCUUUGCACUGAAGACUCUCCCUCCACUGGAAAGCCUGACUGAACUGAUGGACGCUGAGCUCACGUACUCCAGCCACUGCUGUGCCUUCCACAGUUGGCGUCAGAAAGAACGGGAAAGGGCCUUAGAGAACUUACCAACGUUUUGUGAUUUCUUCGAUCCUGAAUUACUGCCCUCUACAGAUGGCGUGGAUUUUAUUGAUGACUUCAAAUAUGAGUAUCCUGAUCUGGAGUUGUAUUGUCUCACUGUCAAAGACCCCUUCAUCAAGUGCACCCCGAGGCCUGAUGCCUUUAACCCCUGCGAGGACCUGCUGGGCUUCCCCUUCCUACGCGCUCUCACCUGGAUAAUUGCAGUUUUCGCUGUGACAGGUAACCUGGCUGUAAUGGUUAUUCUGCUUAUUAGCUACCAUAAGCUAACCAUCUCCAGGUUUCUCAUGUGUAACCUGGCGUUCGCUGACAUGUGCAUGGGGCUCUACCUGAUGCUCAUUGCCUUCAUGGAUCAGUACUCCCGUCACGAGUACUACAACCACGCCACGGACUGGCAGACGGGGCCGGGCUGUGGCAUAGCGGGGUUUCUGACAGUGUUUGCCAGUGAGCUAUCAGUGUAUACACUGACUGUAAUUAGUGUUGAACGCUGCCACACCAUCACCAACGCCAUGCAUGUCAACAAGAGGCUGCGGAUGCAGCAUGUGACAGCCAUGAUGGGGGCAGGUUGGGGUUUCUCUCUGCUGGUUGCCCUCCUCCCUCUGGUGGGGGUCAGCAGUUACAGCAAAGUGAGCAUCUGUCUGCCCAUGGACAUCGACAAGCUGGGCUCUCAGGUCUACGUGGUGGCUGUGCUCAUCGUCAAUGUUGGCGCUUUCAUUUUAGUCUGUUACUGUUACAUAUGCAUAUAUCUGAGCGUUCGCAAACCAGAGCAUUCGUCAACUCGUCACGGAGACACCAAGAUUGCCAAACGCAUGGCUGUGCUCAUUUUCACUGACUUCAUAUGCACAGCGCCAAUCUCCUUCUUCGCCAUUUCUGCUGCCCUGUAUAGGCCCCUCAUAACAGUGUCUCACUCAAAGAUCCUGCUCAUCCUUUUUUAUCCCAUCAACUCCCUCUGCAACCCUUUCUUAUACACCAUCUUCACACGGGCUUUCAGGAAGGACGUGUGUCUACUGCUGAGUCGCUGCAGCUGCUGCCAGGCCAGUGGCGACUUCUACAGGUCACAGACUCUGGCCUCAAACCUCACAUGUACAAAGACACUCACCAGAAAACCUCACUCACUUAGCUCCUAUACCUGUCAAUUCAAGAUGAAGGGUUGCUUUUGUCAACAAGGGAACCACAUGCCUAUCAACAUAGAGAUUUUUUAUGACCUUGCUAAAAAUGUGCCAUCUCUCAAGAUUUUCGGUCAGAUUGUGAGUUUUGUACAUGUCAGACAACAGGUGCUGCAGCCUCCAUUUCCCCACAGGUAAUGUGGCACAAAGAAGCAGCUCAAUGGAGCAGGAAUGGGGAACAAAUAAAACAGGCCAGUUUAUUUGUAAAGCUAAUGGGCACAUGAUUGAUGGUCAUGUACAUAGGCGUGUCUAGCCCAUUUUUAGGGGUGCUCAAGCAGUUGGUUUUUUUAAAAACACAAGUCAAUGUUUGACAAGCUUGAAAAUGGUCAAAACCAUAGACAGUAUAUGGUUUGAGCCACAGCCCUGCAGUAGCCAGCGCACACACAGUACAUCUAGUUCGACUGUGUGGUGCGGUGGUUCCAGUAAGUAGCUCAAACAACGAUGUGUUACACAUUUCUUUACUUUUACCACUCGAUACCAAUACGUUAUAAUCAUCAGUCUCACAGAUCACUAUGUUGUUAGGUAGGGUGAGAGAAGCUAGCUGUUGUGCCAUUGCUAUCACGUGUCGAUAUUAAAGCCAAGAUGUGUAUGUCUGUAUGUGUAUCUUGAUAGUCCAAAGUUAUGUUAAAAUGUACAGUUUAAAGAAAAAUAAUGGACAAUUUUUUGGGAAGCUUUUUUUUUUAAGCUCUGAUCCUAGAAUUGCCCCUGGUCAUGUUUUUAGAUCAGAUAGUUCUAUUAAAUGAUGAAUAAGUGGAAAUUAUUUAUUCUGUCCUUAGAACGCUUGAGAUUUUAUGUUUAACUCCAAUGUAGAAACUGUGAUGCACGUCAUUGUUUAAGUGCCAUCUACUGGAUUGUGUUACUCAGGAGACUCGAGAGACUGCAGACUUGAAAACUGGAGCCUGUUACUGCUGUUUAAAAUGUCCUGGAUUUUCUCAAUAAGACAUUUGAUUAACAAUAAAACUGUUAAACUACA